CGCGCAAUCGACAGUCAUGAAGUCAUUUCCCCCCACUGUUUUUGGUUAAAGUCAUUGGACUGUUGCCGAACAGAAAGAAUAAUCUCCGCCAUAAACACUUCACCACACAACAAGCCCGAAUGUAGACUUGAAGCUUAAUCAGACAGAGAUCAUGUCUAAUUUCGUGGAAUCGGGAAGGAGAAGAGGGGAGGGAAAAGACCCAGGUGACUUUUCGGAGAGCAAGGAGGAGGAUGUGUCCUUAGCCACAGAGCUCCGUCUUGUCCUGAUCGGAAAGACAGGAUCAGGGAAGAGUGCCUCUGGGAACACCAUCCUGGGCCGCAGGCACUUCCUGUCAGAGCUCAGCGCCAGCUCAGUCACCCAAGUCUGUGAACAAGGCAGCGCAGACCUGACUGAGGAGGAGGAAGGACAAGGAGUCAGGAGGAAGAGGACGAGAGUGGUGGUGGUAGACAUGCCAGGUUUUGGAGACACACGCUUCGAUGCUGAGCAGACUCAUUCGGAAAUAGCCAAGUGUGUGGCACUGUGUGCCCCAGGCACCCAUGCAUUCCUCCUGGUGAUCCCACUGGGUCGCUACACUGAGGAUGAAGACCGAGCCGUGAGGGACAUGGUCCAUAUAUUUGGGGAGGGGGCGGUCCAUGACCACACACUAGUCCUGUUCACUCGUGGUGAUGAUCUAGAAGGGCGGGGGAUGGAGGGGUACCUCGGAGCCAGCGCACCGGUGGAGCUGAAGGCCCUGAUAGAGAGGUGUGGGGGCAGGUACCACGUCCUCAACAACAGAGACCCAAGUGACCUGCACCAGGUUGUAGGGCUGCUGGAGAAGGUGGAGAGGAUUGUGGAAGAGAACAAUGGAGGCUUCUACACCAACACCAUGUUCAGAGAGGCUGAGGCUGCCAUCAGGGAGGAGCAGGAGAGGAUGGUGAGAGAGAGAGGGGAGGGAGAAGGCAGUGAGAUGACAGACAGGGAGAACAAGAUAGCUAAAAGGCGGAAGUGUGAUCUAGAACGGAGUGGGAGGGGUGAGAGGAGGGGGGCAGCUGUGGGAGGUUCAGGAUUAAGGAAGAGAGACCUGGAGAGAGCAGGAGUAAAUGAGGAGGGAAGGAAGGUGGAGAGGUGGACAGAAGAGAGGAAAGGAAGUGCCGUUAGCCUCCCGAGGGACAGAGGGGACAGGUGGAGGGAGUUGUUCAGGACCAGGCGGCGGGGCAGCGACAGGGCCUUGAGCAGGAGGCAGUCUUUCCUCUCUGCCCUGGGGCAGUUCAGGAGGGAGGCUGCCCUUUCUGAGAAGGUCCUAGAGAAAGUGAAGAUCCUGGUGGCUGCUGGAGCCACUGGCAUGGUCGUGGGGGCAGUGUUCGGGGCGGCUGCCCCUCUAGCUGCAGCGGCGGGAGCUGCAGCCAUGGGGAACACUGUUGGCUUUGCUGCUGGGCAGCUGGCUGGGAUGUCGGUGGCAGGCGGCACAGGGAUGGGAAAAGCUGUGGGCGCCAUAGUGGCAGCAACCGCAGGGAAAACAGCCAUGGCUCUCGGGGCAGCGACCGGAGGAGUGCUGGGGGGAUCUGUGGGCGCCCUAGCUGGGGCAGAAGCUGCCAGUCCUGGGGCAGCUGCCUUGGAUGCUCUAGGGCAGGUGAGCCUGAUUGGGACUGCAGCAGUGGGAGUUGCAGCAGGGGUGGGGGGUGCCAUGGGGGCAGGAGCGGCCCUGGGGGCUGCUCUGGAAGGUGCAGCUGUCAGCACAACUGCCCUUACAGGGGUGGGCACUGCAGCAGGGGCAGUAGGUGUGGCUAAUGCUACUACUAUCGGCUCAGUAGCAGCUGGGCAGCAAGCAUUGGCCACUGGGGGCAGUGUUGCAGCUGGAGCUGUUCAGUGUGCAGCUGGAGCUGUGGCAGAUGGGGUGGCUGUGAGUGGGCCGCUGGUUCAGGCCGGUGGGGUGUGUGGAUCUGCAGGGCGGGUUGUUUCUGGUGCCUGGGGCUCCAUGGGAGCGACAGCGUGCAUUAUGACAGCGGUGGCAGAGAUAGGCAAGGCUGCAGCGGGAAUUGCCCUGGCAGGAGGGCUGGUGGUGAAGGUAGUGAAGGAGAGGGUCAGGAACAGCAACAGCUCAGCAGACGCCAACUACACAGAGAAGAAGUCCUAUGAGAUCUACUGGAACAAAUAAAGGACAGUUAGGUCUGCAACACCACCAGACCACAGAAGAAAAAGAUACUCUCAGGACCUUUCAAAAUGUGGAUUCAGGUUCAAUCAUUAAGCAACUUAUCACAAUUAUCAAUAAAAGCACAUGUUGCAAGUCUUUGUUCUUUUUACUGGCAGUGGAUGGUGUGAUUUCCUCUUCACUGUUAAUAAACUAAAGCUCUUCUGCAGUGAAGUAUCUUCUCACAAUAUUACUGAACUAUCGUUUUAGCUUUGUUCAAGCACUUAUCGUGGUUAUUUGAGCUUUUUGGUAUGCACUUACACCAUUUGUAUGAUUUCUUGUGAUCCUAUAGUUCAUUUUAAUUCAUUAUAGAAUAUGGUUUUCUACUGUAUUCAAUCAAAUCAGUAGUUUACUGUUUUAAUGAAAGACAGUUAUCUAUUUCUGCAUGCAGAUUUUCAUAAAUCCACAGAUUUAAUCUACGACCUUUUUAGUUGGGUCCAGUAUUACAAAACAUAUUUUUAGCUCUUCACAACUGAAAUUAAGUACUGUACUGUAUAACACAUUUCACAUUAUGUAUUCAGUUGCAGUGUUGUGGCUUUUUGAAGGGGAAAGAAUUGAAAUGCAUAAUAAAAUGAAAUCUGAUAAAAA